AUGAGGGAGAUCAUUAAUCUUCAGGUUGGUUCGUGCGGGAACCAGAUCGGCGGCAAGUUUUGGGAGGUGAUAUCUGAUGAGCACGGCAUUGACCCCAGCGGUUGCUACCACGGAGACUCGGAUCUUCAAUUGGAACGCAUUAAUGUAUACUACAAUGAGGCCUCAGGUGGAAAGUACGUCCCCCGUACCGUGCUGGUGGAUCUGAAGCCUGCGACCAUGGAUGCUGUACGAUCUGGACCCUUCGGAUGUCUCUACCGCCCAGAUAACUUUGUAUAUGGUCAAAACGGAGCAGCCAACAACUGGGCAAGAGGGCAUUAUACGGAAGGAGUAGAAAUUCUAGAAUCCUGCCUUGAUGUAGUAAGACGAGAAGCUGAAAGCUGCGAUUGUUUACAAGGCUUUCAAAUCUCACACUCGCUCGGCGGUGGUACAGGCUCCGGCCUAGGAACACUGCUCGUUAAUAAAAUCCGUGAAGAGUACCCUGACCGAAUCAUCCUGACUUUCUCUGUAUUCCCAAGCCCACGAGUGUCGGACUGUGUGGUAGAGCCGUACAACACCACGCUGGCAAUGAAUCAGCUGGUUGAGAACACGGACCACACGUUCUGUCUUGACAACGAAGCGCUGUACGAUAUUUGUUUCAGAACAUUGAAGCUAACCACACCCACAUACGGUGAUUUAAAUCACUUAAUCUGCGCCACAAUGUCGGGGAUCACUACAUGUUUAAGGUUUCCUGGACAGCUCAAUGCCGACUUAAGGAAACUGGCUGUCAACAUGGUGCCAUUCCCGAGAUUACACUUUUACACUCCUGGAUUUGCGCCGCUCACGUCACGAGGUGCUCAACAGUACAGAGCGCUCACAGUCCCUGAAUUAACAUUACAAAUGUUCGAUGCUAAGAACAUGAUGGUCGCUUGUGAUCCGCGACAGGGAAGGUAUCUAACAGUAGCCACGAUAUUUAGAGGCAGAAUGUCAAUGAAGGAAGUAGACGAACAAUUGGUAAACAUUCAGAACAAGAACAGCACUUACUUUGUGGAGUGGAUUCCUCACAACGUAAAGAUUGCAGUGUGCGACAUCCCACCACGAGGUCUGAAACUGGCGUCUACAUUCAUUGGUAAUACCACAGCCAUCCAAAGUAUCUUCAAAAGGGUAUCUGAACAAUUUGUGGCUAUGUUCGGCAAAAGAGCGUUCGUUCACUGGUAUACUGGUGAAGGAAUGGAUGAAUUAGAAUUUACUGAAGCAGAGAGCAAUAUGAGUGACUUGGUAUCUGAGUAUCAGCAGUACCAAGACGCGACAGCGGACGAUGAGGGAGAGUUCGAUGAAGAAGCGGAAUGCGAAGGAAUGGAAGAGUAG